CCUGGAACGAUACACUCAAAAACAAGAGCCCCUUGUGGAUUAUAUUUGUAGAUUCCCAGUUAUUUAAAAAGCAAGUAAAGCAUACAAUGAGCGGACAUGGCAACACUGAUGGUUUUGGUGCGCUGGACUUUCAGACGGUAUGGGCAAGUUAACUUUUCUCUCGCUUGCGGUUGUCGCUUUUGCGGUUUUGAUCGGAGAAAGACUCAUUUCAUUAAGGCAUGUAGCGCUUUCCUACAGAGAACUAACCCAGAACUAUCUCCCUAACUGCAAUUUUAUAGAGGGCAUAGAUUUUGGGGCUGAAGAUAUCACCAUACUUGAUGGAUCUGCCUUUCUUAGUACUGGCUUGAAGUAUCCUGGUGUACCGUCCUACUCAGAAGACCCAGGAAAGAUCUACACACUGAAUCUGUUGGACUCUGAACAGAAAAUUAAAGUACUAAACAUCAAGGGAGACUUUGACAAAGACUCCUUUAAUCCACAUGGAAUCAGUGUGUACACGGACGAUAAAGAUGGUGCCAUAUACCUAUUUGUUGUUAAUCAUCCUCAGGGCAAAAGUCAAGUGGAGAUUUUCAGAUUUUUUGAGAAUGAAAAUGCUCUUGAACACAUGAAGACCAUUAGGCAUGAGCUCCUGCACAAUGUGAAUGAUAUAGUGGCUGUGGGGACUGAAAGCUUUUAUGCCACCAAUGAUCAUUACUUCACUAAUGACAUUCUGAAGAUUGUGGAGCCAUUUCUCUCUUUGCCGUGGUGUGAUGUGGUUUAUUACAGUCCUGAGACUGUGCAAGUUGUGGCAGGAGGAUUCUUAUCUGCCAACGGCAUAAAUAUCUCCCCUGACAAAAGGCACUUGUAUGUAUCACAUAUUCUGAAGCACACAAUUGCUGUCUUGGAAAUACAGAAAAACACUGUAGUGUCUCAUGUAAAGGAAAUUGAUGUGGGGUCACUCUGUGACAAUAUUGAGGUGGAUCGUGAGUCUGGAGAUCUGUGGAUUGGCUGUCACCCAAACGGUCUCAAAUGUGUUUUUCAUGAUCCAAAUGAUCCGCCUGGUUCUGAGGUAAUAAGGAUUGAGAACAUCCUCACUGAAAAGCCACGGGUGACUCAGGUGUAUGCAGAUGACGGCAGUGUGAUCAUUGCUUCUUCGGUGGCAGCUCCUUAUAGAGGAAAAGUGCUCAUUGGAACAGUUUAUCAGAAAGCUCUCAUCUGUGACCUUAAAGAGUGAUUAUAUGUACUUACAUGGGAGAAUAAAUAUUGUCCUUAGUCUUUGAAAGAAUUUAUUGGAAUAGGGUCUCUUCAGAGAACAAGAAUGAAAGACAAGAUCCUCUAAUUCUGUAUGGUUUACUGACCUGAAAUGGCUGGAGGUACCAACUGUGUCCUGCAGUUUGACAUGCUACUUUUGUAUCAAAAUGGCAACAAUGGGACAAUAAAAUCCUAGAUCAUGUCACAAUGUUCAAAACUGUUCUAUGGAGUCUUUAUCUAUUAAAAAAAAAAAACAAUACAUUUUCAUCAGCUGAACAAUCAACAUGUUGUUAAACAGUACAAUACAUUGAACAAUCAAUAAACCAAU